AUAUAAUAAUUGUUAAUAAUUUUCUGAUAAUAUUCUCGAUGAAAAGAAGACGAAGACAAAAUUAAAUUUUAUUUUCAUUGCGGAUGUAAAACUGCGUAAAGUAUUUGUAAAUGUAAAAUAUAUAAAUUGUAAAUAAAAACUAAUAAGAAUAAAUGUGAAAAGAAGAAGGAGAAGAUUGUAAAUCAUGCUAAAAAGGGAUAAAAUUAAGUCUCGCAGAUAUUCUAUGAUAGUUAAGGUUAAAUGCAGGAACAUUUGGAUGGAUUUUAUGUAUCUUCCCUCGCAUCUUAUCAAAUUUUUUGGCAGAAACGGAUAGCCAAAUCUCUCUCGAGACCACGUUAUAUAUAUAUAUAUAUAUAUAUACACCAUUCCAAUCCUGAGAAGUUUCUUCUUCCUUUAUCGAGAUUUCCUUCUCGCGGGGAGAAAAAUAAAAAAGUUGGUCAAUUUUAAAGGAUGAUUUCCAUGUUCGACCGAAUUUUCUUCGGAUGGAAAAGAUAUUCCUCGCGUAAAUUUCUUUUUCAAAAUAUUCUAAUAUGAAGUAAUCCUUUUUUUUUAAAACUUGAUUCAACGAAAAAAAAGAUUCGAAUAAAAAUAAAAAGAAUAAACACAUUUUAUAAAUAUUCUUAAUCCUUCACGACGUCCAAGAUUAAAUUACUUCUCAUUAAAGAUUAUAUCAUCGAUUUAACAAUAUAAAUACAACAGAUAUGACGAGAUAAAAUAAACAGAUAUAUCAAUUACAAAUAAAUGAGACGAGAGAGAGAGAGAGAGCCAAUCAAUUAUCGCCGUAUCAUCCAAUUACAAUUCGACUACGUCCAUCUACACCAAUUAACAACAAGCUACGAUAAACCAAACGGGAAGCAACGCCACGGGAAUCGAUCGAUCGAUCGAUCGCUUCUUCUCACUUCUCGACUCGUGUACUACGUGGCAGUGCAUCAAACCAAACGCGACCACACCACACCACACCAUUAUCGAAACCAUAUACGAAAUCAUGUCGUCGACGUCGUGCGAGCAAAAAUCGGCGAGGAAAAGUGCCGAGGUGGAGGAGGAGGCGAGGGACAAGUGUCGAAAAACCUUGUGGAAAACCUUGGACCCUAUGGUGGUCGAUCGAAGCGAUAACCUGUACACGGCUGUACGCCAGAGCUUGCACAAAGUCUCGAGAAACAGUUUUUCAACGUUGAACAGCAACGCGGAGACGAAGAACAGGAGUGGAGUGUCGCAGGAGUCGAGCAUCGGACGGUUCUCCACCAUCAAGGCGUUCUUCGAUAAGAACGACUGCCAGGAGGAGAGGGGGGCGAGGUUCAGGUGCAAGAUCACAGUGAUGGGCAGAUUGAUGAGGAAGCUGGAAUUGAGGAAACGGGAACAGUUUCCCGACCAAGUCACUUCGAUGGGUUAUUUCAUUUUAUUUAUUCUAGGUUUUUUAGUGUCUGUUCAAUUAUAUACGUGGAUGCGUGAAUUUUUAGGUUAGGUUUUAUAUAUUGCGUCUCAGUGUAUCGUUACUCGUGAAAUAGAAUGGCUUUGAUAUGUUUUUAAUGUUUUAAUUGUUGGUUAUGUUGUAGGAUGUGUGAUGUAGUUUGAUUUUAAUGGUAAUCAAUGUAUUUAAUUUGUCGUACGAGGAGGUUAGGGUCCGGGUUAUGAAAGAAGACGUGGAUUUUGAGGUUAAAUUCUUUUUGGAUAAAUGCGAUUUUGUUUUGGAGUUUUAUAUUAAUCAAAUCGUUAUCUGUCCAGUUUGGUGUAUGAUAAUAUAUUCAUAUGUGAUUGGGAAGAGAAUGUAAAUUUUGUGGUCAGGUAUCAGGUAAUUAAGAUAUUUUCGAAAUAAUCAUAAAUGUAAAUCUCCUUGUCUCGUUGUUAUUUCAAUUUCGAUGAAUGUUUCGCACGGUUUUGAUCGAUUUUUUCAUUCGAUUAUCUAAAUAAAUCGUGGAAUCAUCGUUGAAAAAUUGAAAAUAUUCAUCACCUUACGAAUAUUUCCUUCCUGAGUCUUUGUUCGAUUAAAAGACAAGAAAGAAAAAAUAUAUAAAACAUAUCUUCGCU